AUGAAUAAAACAUCUGAACUUUAAUAGACAAUACAUAAUUAUUGUUUACAAUCAUAUUCUGCUGGAGAUUUUGCGGUAUUGAAUAUAUUUGACAUUUAUUAGAAGAAUCAAUAAAUUUUAGAGCUAUUGAGAAAAUUCAUAUUGGAUUGGAAUAAUUUGCCUAUAUUGAAAAGCCUUAUUGAAGUAGAUUGUAAGUAAGAGACUACCUUUGUAAUUUACUAAUUACUUCAGAAAGCAAUUGCUUCAGGUUGUAAAUUUGUUAAUGUUCUUCAAAAUUCAUAGAGAAAAUCAUAAAGUUAUGAAGAAUAUGAAAGGUAAAUAAAUUAUAAUUAUUUUAGCAAUGAAAGAUAACAUUUUACAACAAUUGUGACAACUCACUUGGAUAUUGUGAUAAAUUAUUUUACAAAAGGUUUGUAGCAUUAAAUUUAUGUUUAAAACACAGUUUUAUUUGCUCUUGCCUUUAUGUUAAGAAAAUAUUGGUCUGAAAUAAUUGGAACAGAGUAAUUAGUUGAAAAAUUAAUAAACACAUUUUUUUAUACUUAAAAUGUUUAAAUUUUAACUUUAGGAUGCAAAUUAUUUGAAAAUCUAUUGAGUUGUGUUCGAUAAUAUUAUUAUGCAACUGGAUAUUUAGAAUUUAGAAAAAUCAUGAUGGGAUUUCAAAGGUUGUUAUUUAUUAUUUUCUUUUAGAUAAUCUUUAUCUACAUUACUUGAAUAGACUCAUAAACUUGUUUAAAAUUAAUUGAAAAUUGGAACAUUUUUAUAAAUUUAUCAAUUAGAUAAAUCAUAUGCUGAUUCAUUAAUAUAAUUACUUAACUCAUUCUUGACAUUUAACUUCAAUCUAAGUUUUUAUGAAAUUGAUGUUGAUCAUGAUUCAAAAGAAAACUUUAUAAUUAAUGUAAUAACAUAAUUUAAUACUUUAUUUAGUUCCCUGAUUCUUAUUUUAAAAUUAUUAAUGAUGAAAAGUUGAAUCAGGAAUAUUUUAGAGCUAUUAUUGAUUUUUAUCCUUUAGAUUAAGCAAUAUCAAUUAGAAUUUUAAAUAUUAUCUAAAGAAUUUCAUCAGCAAGAUUGUCCUUAUUUUUUUAAAAGCACAAUUUUAAAAAGAUAUUAAGAAGAACAUUAUGGGAAGGAUUACUAUUUUUGUUAAAUAAUUAUGAAUUAUAUUUGAACAAUACUGAUUUUUCAAAUGAAGUUUGCUCUUUUGCAAUAAGAUUAGUAGUAAAUUACUUUUUGUUAUUUAUUAGUCUAAUUUUACAUUAAAAAAAUUACGAAAAUUUUAAGAUUUGUUUGAUUAAUGUGUAAAUUAAUUAAAUAAAAUAAAUCAAAUAAUCUUAAAUAAUCAAGGAAUAAAAUUAUCAUCUAACAGUGUUUUCAUCAAAUUAUAAGAAGUAUGGCAUCAAUUUUUAUUUUAAAUAAACAUAUACAGUUCUUAAUAUCUUUAAUAAUUUAAACUACUUUAAAAUUCUGUAAAUUUAAGUUUUAAGUUAUUAAUUCAUGCAUUUUAUAAUGGAAAUCCUUUUUCUGAAAUACCACCCAAUUAUCCUAUUAAGAAAAUUAAGAAAUUCUUAGAUAAAGGAUUUCAUUUAUGCAUAUAAGUUUAUUAAUAAAAUACAGUUGAAUGUAUAAAUGUGAUUUCAGACUUAUUAAACAAUCUACCCAUUAUUGUAUAUAAUAUUAAUUAUUUUAGCAAGUUUAAACAUUACAACCUUAAGAACAACUCAUUACUUUAUGUAAGAAUUUAUUGAAAUUAAGAAAAAUUUAGUUCUUUGUUGUGUCUAAUAUCUGCAUUAGUAUUAAGUCCAGCCUAGAUUGAAUAUCUAAGUGGAGGUGAAUCUUAAUUUUAAUAGGGUAAAAUUGAAGGACAUCCUUAAGCUCGUAUAUUAUUAUAAGCAAUACUUGAUUUGAUUGCAUUUACAAAUAAAAUAAAUAUUCCUGCUGAUGUAAUAAUUACAAUUAAGUUAAAAAUAGAAUUAUGUUUGCAAGUUGUACCACACUAGUAUUCUAAUAUUUAUUUAAACAUAUAUAUCUUAGACUAUAGAAAAUUUAUAUUUUGAUGAAAUUUAAAAAACAGUCAUAUCAUAAUCAUAAUUGUAAUUCAUUAUUUAUAUUAAUAGAUCAAUGAAUUUAGGAAAUGAUAACUAAGGACAAUAAAACUAUUUAAUAGUUAUUGAAAGUUGCUUAGAAAAAUGGUAAUUUUUAAGUAUAAUUAUAGUUUUUAAAUAUUUACAUUUCAUGAUCCAGAUUUAGUAGAAUUUAGCUUUAUUAUUUUAUAAUAUACAUAUGAAAAGUAUUUAUUGAUUUAAAUAUUUAGAUUAAAGAGAUAAUUGGAUAGAAGGUUCUUUAGAUAGAGUUCUAUCAGUAGUAUGUUGAAGUAAUUCUUUUUAUAGAUGGAUUUAACAUGUUUUAAUGAAGUUUAGUAUAUAAAGAAAAGAAAAUAAGUUUAUAAAUUGGUUUCUUUAGUUUGGGUUGAUGAUUAAUUAGAUGAUUAUGUUCCUGCAUUAGUUGAUAUUUACAAAUAAAUAAAAAAAUCUAUUAUUAAUGAAACUAAUAAAAUAAAUAUGCUUAAAUAUUUAUGGGAUAUGAUUGGAGUAGUAGAUGAAUUAGAAGUAGAUAGUAUAUAUAGAGUAUUCUUAAGAAUUGUGUAAUAUAUAUAUUAUAUAAAAUUAGAUUUCCUGAUUUAUCAUCUCUAUUAUCUACUGAUAACACUUAAAUAUUUGUAUAAGAUUAUGAUUCUUCUUUAGGAUUAACAGCACUCUUAUGUUCAAUAUUCAAAAAUAAGUAAUUAAAUAAAAAUACAAUUAGAAAUACAAGAUUAUCAAAUGAAAACAUUUAAAUUCUACUCUAUUAAAUAUAUGGCAAAGCUACAACAUUUUUUAUUACAUCUAUUGAUUAUUUAAUAUUGCAAGCUUAAACUAGUAUAUAAUAAGGUUAGCAAGUGAAAGAUGGAAUUUUGAAAAUGGCAGCUAAAUUGUUAAAAGUAAUGGGUUAGAUUUCAAGUUCUAAAUAAAUAAAUUAAGGGUUUUUUGUAAUAUAUUAAGAUUCAUCAUAUUUAAAUUUGUUCAAAAAGUAAUUGUAGCUUAUAAUUGCAUAUAAACCAUUAUUCCUAAACUUAAUAAAAUAUAAAAAGUAUUUGUUUGAAUGUUUGGAAGGGAUCUGUUCUGAACAUAGUGAGACAUUAGCAUAUAGAUGUGGAUCAGAUGUUUAUUUAGAUUUAUUAAUUAUAUCAGAUAGUACUUUAAAAGAGAUAUUGAAUUUUAAAUAACUUAAAGGUGAAGAAUAAAUUAAUGAAGAAGCACUAUAAAUAUCUUAAAUUGCUAGUAUUCUAUGCAAUGUUAUGCAAUUCUUAAUAUAAGAAGGAGUUAUUGGUGAAUAAAUGGAUACAGAAAUGAUUAAGAAGAAAACAUUAGAAGUUUAUACAACAGGCAAAUAAGUUUUAAUUUCCCUUUUUUCAUCAGCCUUUACAAUUAUUGUUGCAUUUCCUAAGAUUUUAAAAUUUUCAACACCAAAUUGUGAGAUUUUGUUUGCCAUUUCUUUAUUUAAUCCAAAUGAAGUAAAAUAUUAAAUUUAUAAUAGUUUUAAUAAUUACUUAUUUAAUUGAUUUAAGAAUAUAAAAAUACAAUUCAAUUGCAUCAAUAAACUUUGGAGUUUAUAACAUUAGGAUAUCAAGGUAAGCAAAUUAAAUAUAAUAGUUUUGAACAACUAUUUGAAUAGUACUACCAAAGAGUUAUUUACUAAAUAAAUUAAAUAAGCUUUAGAAUAAGUUUGUGUUUAAGAAGAAUUCUGA